AUGAAAUCAGACAGUGCAAAAAAGCGGAUUAUGUUUUUAUAGUAUUGAGUUAAGAGGUGUCACUUGUCAAAAACACGCGUGUAUGGACAUUUGUCAAAAAAAUUCCUUUUAAUUAAAAAACGAAAUGUUUGCUUUUCUUAAAUAUUCUACGUUAAAAUAUUAGUGCACUGAAAUAAAUAAUAAUGGCCAUUGGUUUCCGACAACUUACAAAGUUUGCUAAUUUCUCUAGUUUAGUCGCAUCUAGAAGUAGUGUAUUUAAAUUUGAGAAAAUUCCUCAAAUUCAAAUUAUACAAAUAAACCAACAGUAUUUUUCAAAAGCCGAAAAGAAAUUUGAUGAAAAUAGUCGAAAGUCACGAGUAAUCGAUAUUUUAGUAGACAACAGAGAAAGUGAUAAUGAUCUAGUUACUAAAGAAAACGUAUUAAUUUUAGAUAAAAAUCCAAAUAGAUUAAGUUACUUAAGAUUUGUUGAUAAGACAACUCCUUUAGAUAACAAUUUAGAUCACUAUAGUAAUCUGAAACCCCAACAGCAGUAUAGUAAUCAAAGUCAGGACGACAAUCCUAAUAAACCUAGUGGAGAAAAGUUGUCGAAAGUAUUCAACAUCCUUGCUGAAUCUUUACCAAACUUAUUCAUACAACCUUUAGACUAUACCAUUUACCAUCCGGAUAUUAUAUUUGAGGAUAACAUUAGAAACAUACGAACUGUAGGAUUGUAUAAUUAUGUGAAACAAGUAGCGUUGCUUAGGACGGUAGGGCAUUUGAAAUUUGCGUACGUGAAAUUUGAAAUACUGAAAAUAACCAAACAUCCGGAAGAUUCUUCAGUUAAAGUUAGGUGGCAGAUAAGGGGUAUAUCGGCGUUAAAAGUGAUGAUGACAUUUUGGAGAUAUAAAUUAUGGGAUAUAAAAGAAUUAUUCGACAAAACUGAAAGUUGGUAUGAUGGAUUUUCUAUAUUUUAUGUGAAUUCCGAAGGACAGAUUAUCAAACACGUUGCCGAUAAAAUGAUGCCAGAUUCUGAUCGUUUGGUGGAUACUAGUGAAAAACCGAUUGUAGCAGGAGGAGCAGCGGCGGCAGUAGCAGGAGGAGCGGCGGCCGCAACUGCAGUAAAAUUAGCAUUAAUCGGUGUAAUUCCUAAAUGUUCACACAUAGUUUAAUAUCGACUAAUUUCAAUCUGUAUACAGUUAGGCAUUUGCGAUAUACAGUAUUUAUUCUACCAGAAUAUAUUGUUGUUGAUGUAAUGUCGGAUGUAAUAUAAAAUUUUUUCGUUUCA